AAAGCUAGUGGGCGAAACGGAGAAAAAAAAUAAAAAUCUGCAGCUUGCCGUCUUCCCUUCUCUUCUCUCCUCUUCUCCCCCAAACCCAAAGCCAAGCCAAGAGGAGUCUCGCUCGCUUGGCACUUAUCACGAACCAUCCUUCCCCUCUCUCUCUCGUCCAUGAGCUGAGGCCGACGAUGGGGCCGCCCGCCGCGCCGCCGUCGCCGUCGUCGUCGUCUGGGGGCUCGUCGAGGCGGCGCCGCCGGCUCGAACGCCGGAACGCCGCGAAGCACAUCGGAUACGACGCCUCGAACUUCUGCGCCUACCCGCAGUCCCCGCCCGCCGCGUCCGCGCCUGCGUCCGGGUCGCCGUCGCUCGCCUGCUCCCCGGCGUGCUCCCUCGACCUCACGAGCUUCCGGAUCGGCGGGAGCGGCGACGGGUGCAGGGACGUGCAGCUGCUCUGCUCCAGCCUCGGCCUCUCCGGCGUCGACGACUUCGCCGUCCCCGUCGCUGACUGGGAGGCGCACAAGGCCGGCCGCUCCUCCUUCUCCUCCUCCGCCUCCACCCCCAAGCCGCGCGAGGAACCCCCCGCGAGGGACUCUCCUGUCCGCCGCGAGGUUGCCGCCGAGGAGGAGCCGCCCUCCCUGCCCGCCCCCGCCGCUGCUCCCGUGCUCCCGGCGAAGGAAACGCCCAGGUCCGUGGCAAUUGAAGCUCCAGCGCCCCUAUUACGGGUGGAUCCGUGGGAGCCAGCCCGUCCAGAUGUGAGGAAGGCGAGCGGCGAGGGAGGGAUCAAGGGCGUGCGGCCGCCGCCGGUCGUGCUCAAGCCGCCGCCGUCGAUGGUACGGCCGGCGGUCUGCGUGGUGGAGUCCACGUGGGAUAUCUUGCGGUCGUUCGCGCCGGAGGAGGAUAGCCAUGCUCACGCCCCGGCGAGCAGAUCUGGUGGUGAUUCCGCAUGCCAGGACGCGGGUGAGGAGGAGGAUGAUGCGGCCGCGGUGUUGACGCUGGAGGAGCUCAGGCUAGGGGAGACGUCCGAGGAAUUCACGGGCACGUCUUCGCUGUCGACGACGAACGAUGACGAGACGUCGAGCACAACCACCGAGUCCAUGUUCUACAUCUCGCCGAAUGGGAGGUUUAGGAGGAAGAUCCGGUCGUGGAACCGGGGGAUGCUCCUGGGAAGUGGCUCGUUUGGGACAGUCUUCGAGGGGAUCAGCGACGAAGGUGUCUUCUUUGCUGUCAAAGAGGUCUGCUUGUGUGAUCAAGGGAGCAAUGCACAGCAGUGCAUUUUUCAGCUUGAGCAGGAAAUCGCACUUUUGAGUCAGUUUGAACAUGAAAAUAUUGUGCAGUACUAUGGUACCGACAAAGAGGACUCAAAACUGUACAUCUUCCUUGAAUUAGUCACCCAAGGAUCUCUUGCAUCUUUGUAUCAGAAGUACAGACUGCGAGAUACUCAUGUUUCAGCAUAUACAAGACAGAUUCUUAAUGGGUUGACUUACCUGCAUGAGCGAAACAUUGUUCAUAGGGAUAUCAAAUGUGCCAAUAUAUUGGUGCAUGCCAAUGGAUCCGUGAAACUUGCUGACUUUGGUCUUGCUAAGGAGAUUACCAAAUUCAACGUGCUUAAAUCGUGCAAAGGAACUGUUUAUUGGAUGGCACCUGAGGUUGUCAAUCCCAAGACAACAUAUGGACCUGAAGCUGAUAUAUGGAGUCUGGGCUGCACAGUCCUAGAGAUGUUGACACGUCAACUUCCCUAUCCUGGUCUGGAAUGGACACAAGCUUUAUACAGGAUUGGGAAGGGGGAACCACCAGCAAUUCCAAAUUGCCUUUCUAGGGAUGCUCGUGAUUUUAUAAGCCAGUGCGUAAAACCCAAUCCGCAAGACAGACCCUCUGCAGCAAAGCUGCUGGAGCAUCCUUUCGUUAAUAGGUCAAUGCGGUCGAUAAGGUCUAUGAGGACAUCUUCGCGCUCAAAUUCAUCGGUACGCGGCAUAAAUGGAUAGAAUUGAGGACGGCUUCAGAAUAUCGGUGGAAUGAUAUUAGUUCUGCUAAUCAUGUGGAGCUGGCCGGGGAGGACGAUUCGUUACCGGGAAGCAAUAUUGUCAACAGCACAGUCGUCAACCCCAACCAUUGCGUUUCAUUUGUUGAUUCUUUCUCAUAGUUUGCUGCGAGGGGAUAUGUCGUGGUUUAGUCAGCGGCUAAUAUUCAGCCCGGAGAAUAGGUUAAAUGUGCAUUCAAGCGCAUGAGUGUAAGUAGGAACUGACGAUGUAAAUAUGCAUGUUCGUGGUGGUGAUUUAUUUGUCUUUGCCAUCAUAUGCCGUGCUUUGCCAAACUUUGGAACUUCCGAUGACAGUAGCUUAGGUUGGAAUUGCCGUGCAUGUCUUCUUGUUAGAACAAAGGGUGUACGGCAGCUCAUCAACGAUUCCUAUGCAGUGGUACGGGUAUUCCAAAGGAAAAGCUACGAUUGGUUGGUUGUUGUUCUCCAGUUGGCAGUUUGGCGUUUACAGCCACGUCGCGAUUGGCAUUUGGCGUCUUGACGAUCACUUCUCAGUUUUUACGCGUUGUUUGACUUGCGUGUAAUUCACAAAAGAAGAGGGACAGAAAAUAAUUCACAAAAAAAAUAGUGGGAAAAAAAUA